GGAAGUGAAUAUCCAGCCUUGGAAGUCCCUCUCAAACUUGCUCAUUCCCUUCACAAGAGUUUCAGCUGGGAUCUGGGCUAAAGCCAAACGAAAGCCGCACAAUGACGAAUGCCCCAGUGUCACCACUGACUCGACUUCCUUGCGUUUAUUAGAGUUUUGCUUUGAACCGGUAUUUCCUGUUCCAGAGUCAGGACGGUGGAAUGGAAGACCACGGAGGGGAACUGAGCUUACUUGCUGGCCAGUGCGAAAUGGUGAAUGCCCUUUGGUUACAUUUUUCCCGGAACGGUUCAGCGGCUGUCCCAAGCGCUAGUGCAACUAGUGGCACACAUGCUGGGACACGCGUGUCUGCACUUCUGCGGGCCGUAAUCCAGAAAACUCGACUCAGAAGAAUAGGGCUGAAAGCCUCCGGGGUGCAAACAAAGCCAAGGGCUCAAAUAGGAGUCAGGUGCUUUGUGGUUCAGAUGCACUGCAGGGACCUAACCCGGGCAUGGAUCAAAAGGCGACCAAGCACACUUGGUGUAGUUGGGGUAACCUCAGCCUCUGGACUUUGUAGUCCCAUUUCGACACCUUCCCUUCGGAAUACCAAACCCUCUGAGGGCGCCAAUUGUGCCGCCCCGAACCCUCAACUUCUCUGGAGUCCUGCUCGAAGAGCGCCGCCUCGCAUCUAAUCAGAUUCUCGGGUCCGGCUAGUCCCUCCUCCCCUCUCUCUCCCUCCUUCUCUCGCCUGUUAUUGUUUGGCUCGCCGUGGUGUCCUCUGGCGGAACGGUGGUGGCAAUUGUGGCUGGGUGGCGGAGUGAAUCUACGCCAAGAGACAGCGGCGCUUCUUUCGCCGGGCAGGUGCCUCCCAAACUCUUCCAGCCGUGCCUCGUCCUUCCCAUUCGGGAGGGAGGCGAGCGGCGUGAGCGUGCUUACCUGUUUGCGGCGACCGAGCGGCCGCGCCCAGGUUGGUUUUCCUGCCUCCUUCUCGAAACAGGAAAUGGGUUGAGUCAGGAAAGCCUCCAGAACAGAGACUGCCCUCCCUUCUCCCGGGCAGCUUCCGCCUCCGAUGGGCAUUGAGAGGCGCGGUUUCUGCUUGGAUCGCGGUCGUAUCUCCAGGGGCCGUUCCACAUUCCAGCGACGUCUUCCAAGGACCGGGUGGUUUCCCAAACGAAUUAUUUUCUACUCCAGGGCCCAGUCAUGGAAGAGCUGAUAUGGGAACAGUACACAGUGACCUUACAAAAGGACUCAAAGCGAGGAUUUGGUAUUGCAGUUUCUGGUGGCAGAGACAACCCUCACUUUGAAAAUGGUGAAACAUCCAUCGUUGUCUCUGAUGUCCUUGCGGGUGGCCCAGCUGAUGGAUUACUUCAAGAGAAUGACAGAGUGAUGAUGGUUAAUGGCACACCCAUGGAAAAUGUGACCCAUGCAUUUGCUGUGCAGCAGCUAAGAAAAAGUGGGAAAAUGGCCGUCAUUGUGGUGAAAAGACCACGUAAGGUACAAGUCCCUGUAGUUCAACGAAGCCCGUCCCUCGACUAUGACUACAGAGCUUUUGAAGCCCUGGAUGAUCGUGAGGAGUUUGACGGUCGAAGCACUCGAAGCGGCUACAGUGAAAAAAGUUGGCACAGUGGAAAUGCAGGCCGUAGCCAGAGCUGGGGAGACAAUCUUGAUAGGGGCUACAGAGUGGCCCUCGAUAAAGGGCGCAGCCACAGCAGAGAACGCAGCUUCAGUCGGGACCGAAGCCGGGGCCGGAGCGUGGAUAGAGAGAGAAGCUUGGACCUUAAAUACCAACGCCAAAACAGAGGGCGGAGCGUUGAUCGAUACGAUACCUAUGACUAUGGGUAUGAUGGAGGCAGGAGUCUACCAAGAGAUUAUGACUGGCGAUCUCGUCCUGACCCUCAGCGUGGGAGGGAAACCAAGAGUGGUAGCAGAGAUAGGCUGAGUACCCACAGUCCCACUUCUGACCUGCACGACUGCAGAACACAGGAAGAGCCUGUUAGUAUUCUUCUCACAAAAAGCAAAGCCAACGAAGAAUAUGGUUUGCGGCUUGGAAGUCAGAUUUUUAUCAAAGAAAUGACUGGUACUGGCCUGGCAACAAAGGAUGGCAAUUUGCACGAAGGUGACAUCAUUCUCAAAAUCAAUGGUACAGUGACAGAGAAUAUGUCCUUAUCAGACGCUAGAAAACUGAUUGAGAAAUCAAGAGGAAAACUCCAAUUGGUUGUUUUGAGAGACAGAAGACAAACUCUAAUUAACAUUCCUACCAUGCAGGACAGCGAGUCAGAAAUGGAAGAUAUUUCAGAAAUAGAGUCAAACCGAUCUUGCUCACCUCAGGAUAACCGAAGACUGCAUCAUUCUGAUGUGGAAUGCCAUUCUUCAAAUGAAAAGCUAAAGGAAAAAUUGAGUGCAAAAGAAGACCCAACCAAUAGACUUUCCAAAAUGGGAGCAAUGCCCACUCCUUUUCGAUCAACUGUGGAUUCCACAGCUGCUUUAAUACCAGAGACAAAUAGUCAAGUGAAGUACCAAGACGAUCUGCCAGUUGUACAUUCAAAACCAGCAACAAGAGUAUUUCUUCAGCCAAGUCCUGAGGAUCAAGCAAUAUAUGGUCCUGAUACAAAAAUGGUGCAGUUCAGGAAAGCAGAUAGUGUGGGUCUCCGGUUGGCUGGUGGGAAUGAUGUAGGAAUAUUUGUUGCUGGAAUUCAAGAAGGGACCUCAGCGGAACAGGAAGGCCUACAGGAGGGAGAUCAAAUUCUUAAGGUAAACGGACAUGAUUUCAGAGGUAUUAUACGAGAGGAUGCUGUUCUCUACCUGUUAGAAAUUCCUAAAGGUGACAUCGUGACAAUUUUGGCUCAGAGCAAAUAUGAGGUUUAUAGAGACAUAAUGGCUUGUGGUAGAGGGGAUUCUUUCUUCAUAAGGACCCACUUUGAAUGUGAAAAAGAAACUCCACAGAGCUUGGCUUUCACCAGGGGUGAUGUCUUCCGUGUGGUUGAUACACUGUAUGAUGGGAAGCUGGGCCAUUGGUUGGCAGUGAGAAUUGACAGUGAAUUAGAGAAAGGGUUGAUUCCGAAUAAAAGCAGGGCUGAACAGUUGGCCAGUGUUCAGAAUGCUCAGAGGGAUGGUUCCAGUGAUAGGGCUGACUUCUGGCGUAUGCGUGGCCAGCGAUCAGGAAUGAAAAAGAAUCUGAAGAAGAGCCGAGAAGAUCUAACAGCAAUUUCAUCUGUUGGCACAAAAUUUCCAGCCUAUGAGAGGGUUAUGCUCAGGGAAGCUGGUUUUAGGAGGCCAGUGGUGAUAUUUGGUCCUAUUGCAGACAUCGCGAUGGAGAAGUUGUGCAAUGAGUUGCCAGAGCUAUAUCAGCCUGCCAAAACAGAACCAAAAGACGCAGGUUCGGAGAAGUCCGCCGGUGUAGUACGUUUGAACACUGUGAGACAGAUUAUUGAACAGGACAAGCAUGCUUUGUUGGAUGUGACUCCCAAAGCUGUGGAUCUGUUAAACUACACUCAGUGGUUCCCAAUUGUAGUAUUUUUCAACCCAGACAGCAAACAAGGAGUGAAAGUUAUGAGGCAAAGGCUAAUUCCCACAUCCAACAAGAGUGCACGGAAGCUUUAUGAUCAAGCAAAUAAGUUGAAGAAGACAUGUUUCCAUCUUUUUACAGCUACCAUUGAUCUAAAUUCAGCCAAUGAUGGUUGGUAUGGCAGUCUUAAAGAUGUUAUUCAGCAACAACAAAAUGAAGCAGUAUGGGUUUCAGAAGGAAAGUUGGAAGGAAUGGAUGAUGACAUUGAUGAUCGUAUGUCAUACUUAACCGCCAUGGGUGCUGACUAUCUGAGCUGUGAUAGUCGACUAAUCAGCGACAUGGAAGACACGGACGGGGAAGAUGGGGCUUACACAGAUAAUGAACUUGAUGAGCCAUACUAUGAGUCAAGAGUUUCUUCUAUCAGUUGGUCCUCUGAACCUGUGCAACAGGAAGAGAGUCUAAGGAAAUUUAGCCCUGAACCGAAAGCUCAGAUGAGAAAAGCUGGGAGCAGGGAAGUUUUAAGGGACCCCAGUCCACCCCCAGCCUUCAAGCCUGAACCUCCAAAGGCUAAGUUGCAAAACAGAGAAGAUCCGUAUGAUGUUCCUAAGAAUUACGAACCCAGAACAAACUGCCCUAAUGCAGCUAGCAUUGAAAAUUUGGGAGUACCAGCUAAAGUAGCUCCUCCCCCUAUUGCCACGAAACCAAUCUUUGGCCGGCCUAUAUUGAAGUCUUCUCAACCAGUCAUUCAACCUUCUGAAAUGGAAGAAAAAGUGGGAGAAGUUGUAGUAGAAGAGAACACGCCUAAAUCUGUGCUGGGGAAAGUUAAAAUUUUUGAGAAAAUGGAUCACAAGGCCAGACUACAAAGAAUGCAAGAAAUGCAAGAAGCGCAGAAUGCCAGGGUGGAAAUAGCACAAAAACAUCCAGACAUUUAUGCAGUCCCAGUGAAAACACAGAAGCCAGAACAUAACCGUCCCCAGACUGCCAGUUCCAGGCCUCCCGAGCCUCAGAAGCCAGCUGUUAAAUCUUACCUAGAUAAUCCAGGAAUUUACGGCAUUGAUGCAGAAGAGGAAGAUUAUCGGAGGCAGCUAUUUGAUCAGUCCAAGCGUGGAUACUAUGGGCAGCCAUCUCGAUACAGAGAUACAGAAUUAUAAAAUUAUUAGCAGUCAAGCCAUUGUUCUGGGAAACACUUGCACAUCAAAAGCUCUGAUUCUUUUAAACAAGUAUAUGUAUAUUUGGGGUUAUUAGUGAACUUGACAAGUAUAAGAAUGGCGCAGUGUCAUUUAAGUAUUGAAGGGACUGGAUCAUGGUUGCCUAUUUUACAAAAGGACCAAAUAUAUUUAUAAAGUUGGUAUUAAUUUCUGGCAUCUAUAAAUUUUUAACUUGCAAUUCUUUUCCUCACUGAAAUUGCCUUUUUAAUAUUCUCUUAACUGUUGGGCGGCCUAAUGGAAGCUUGAUGAAAACCACAAGGCUUUACUGCAAGAAAAAAAAAGUGCCUUUCAAACAAAAAGUGUCUUCAGUUGUUCCCUUAACAUCUGAUACUUGUGCAAAGCCAUGAAAUUUCUACUGCUUUUAACUUUUAUAUGUUUCAUAACUCCCAUUUUCCCCUUGGAUGUUAUUUUUCUACUUUAAAUAGAACUGUAUACUAUUUUCAAAAGCAAUGACUGUAUAUAUGAAACUGUUUUCUAGGCUGACUGCCAUAAGGCUAGAGAGUGCCAAGAUUAAAGAAAUUAUGUAGAAAAUAAAUGAGACUUUGGGUUUUAAAACUUUCCAUCACUCGUAAAAUAAAAAAGAUUAUAUUCUA